AGACAGAACAGGACACAGUGUUCACAGUCUGUGAUUGGAGAACCUGCACUAGCCUAGCUAUAUUGUUUACUCUCCAUCCCAGCAAAAGGCAUUGGUGUGGUGAAGAAAGCACAUGUGCCUGGGUUUGGGAUGCUGAGCACAGAAAGGCCCAUUUGGUGACUCUUCUAGAACACUAAGGCAGCAGUGCAGUGCAGCUAAAUGGUUCAUACUGUUUCUGUUAACGUUCUACACUUUUUGUAAAUUGGGCAGGAACGCCUGGAAGCAAUGAUGCGCCGGUCCCUGGAGCGUACACAGCAGCUAGAGCUGAAGAAGAAGUGUUCAUGGGCAGGAUCACCAGCUCCGGGGCCCGGAGGACGUGAUGGUGAAUCAGAAAAUACCCCACCCCUUCCUCUAACUUUAGCAACCAGCACCCCCCCUUCGGACACAGGGACCACUACAGCUGCUGCCGAAUCCACCAACGCAUUUGACAAACUUUCAACAUCAACCAUGAAUUUGCCAAAGCAGACGGAACCUCCUAUGAGUAAACACCUGUCUUCAUCCACCGUGGCAAUAUCUUAUUCCCCAGACCGAGCUCUCGGGAGCCCUCUCAAAUCUUCAUAUAAGUCCUCUCCAACCCGGACCACUGAGAAAAAGAAGACUACACCUAUAUCUGGUGUGGGAGAUCCUGGGAAGGGAGCCAUGGCAGGAGGAGAGCCUUCACAGAUGGAGAAAGUGAAGAAGGGACGAGUGGGAACUACUGUUUCCUCUGGAGGUCUUGGGUCCCCACUGAGAAAAUGCGAGCCUCCUGAAGACAUUUCCAAGAGGUUGUCUUCUCCUGUGAAAUCCAAGAUAACUUCAAAAACAUAUCCACAGUCUCCAAAGACAGUGAAGCCCACAUACAUAGGGUCUCCUGUAAAGUAUUACUUUCCACCCAUUUCAAGUGAAGAAACACCCAAGAAGAAGGCAGAGAAGGAAAAGAGUAAUAAGGAAAAGGAAGGUGUCACUGGCCAGCAGGCCACUGUCCUACCCAGAGAAGAAACUCUAGAGAAGCACAUGACUGACAAGUAUGCCACUGAGAAGUAUGUAGCUGAUAAGCAUGCAACUGAGAAACAUUCUACCACUGGAGGGAAGGCUGAGCACAGUGCAGGAAAACCCACAGCAGGCACCACUGAUGCAGGGGAGGCUGCAAAGAUCCUAGCUGAAAAGAGACGUAAGGCUCGACUACAGAAGGAACAAGAGGAGCAAGAACGACUGGAGAAGGAAGAACAAGAGAGGCUGGAAAAAGAGGAAUUGAAAAGAAAGGCAGAAGAGGAAAGACUGCUCAUAGAAAAGGCCUAUAAACAACAAGAAGAAAAGAAGCGGCAGGAGGAAGAAGAGAAAAGAAAGGCAGAAGAGAAGGCAAAAGAGAAGGCUGAGGAGGAGCUGUUGUCAAAAGAGAAGCAAGAAAAGGAAAAACAAGAAAAAGAAAUGAAGGAAAAAGCCAUGAUUGAAAAGCAGAAAGAAGCAGCAGAAGCAAAGGCGAAGGAUGCCAUUAAACAGAUGCGUUUAGAAAGAGAACAGAUCAUGCUGCAGAUUGAGCAGGAACGACUGGAGAGGAAGAAGAGAAUAGAUGAAAUCAUGAAGAGAACAAGGAAGAGUGAUGCGUCUCUAGAAGUGAAGAAGGAAGACCCCAAAGUGGAGAUUCAGCCUCUUCCAGAUAUCGAAAAUAAGACAAAACCAGUUGUCCCCAACAAAAUAGAAAUCAAUGUGUUGAACACCUGCCAGAAAGUAAAUGGCUCAGAGCGUGCUGCUCCAGAAACCUUUCCCCAAGACAUUUUCUCUAAUGGUCUUAAACCAGUCGGGGGACCUGUUCAUCUGGAUGUCCUUGAUGGGAAAUCAAACAGUCUGGAUGAUUCAACUGAAGAAGUUCAAUCUAUGGAUGUGAGUCCUGUUUCCAAAGAAGAGCUUAUCUCCAUCCCAGAAUUUUCACCAGUGAGUGAAAUGAUUCCUGGGAUGUCUCUGGACCAAAAUGGAACUGGUAAUGCCCGUGCACUUCAAGAUAUCUUAGAUUUCACUGGCCCUCCAGCAUUCCCCAAGAAAUCCAGUGAAAACCUCAGCCUUGAUGACUGUAACAAAAACCUCAUUGAAGGAUUUAAUAGUCCUGGGCAAGAAACUACUCUGAACACCUUCUGUUGACAAGGACAGCAUUCCUUUAAUGAAAGGUGGUGUUCGGAUCACCCAUGAAGCUGUCGGUGUUGAAUUUGAGCUGCUGGCAACCUAAAGAAGCUUCUUUUGCCCUUAACUGCUGGAUUCCAAAUUAGUAGAUUCAUUAGUAGAAUGUAACUGUAUUCCUAGGUAGUUUGGCAAACAUUGGCCUCUCUUGGUAGAAACCUUGAGAGUUUUGCUUUGUGGGGCUUUAGCAAAGUUUCAUUUUAUGGUUCUACUUAUGAGCUUCAGCUGCUGUGCUAAAGCACUUCCUUGACCUUCUCUACUAUCAUAACCUGUGUGAUGCUGUCUGGAAACCCUACUUUAGGACACUCGAAUUCCCAGAGUUGGAGCACAGAGACAUUUAGAUGUCUCUUCCUAUAAAAAUCUUCUAUUUACCCACACCCUAGUUAAACGUGUACUUCUCAACCUGGGCUGCUUAUCUCCCUGUCUUUUGUGUGUGUGUGUGUGUGUGUGUGUGUGUGUGUGUGGCGGGGGGGGAAUCUAGCUGUGUUCUCUCAGUCUCAGGUUUCUGUUAUUUUAUUAUUAAGCUUCAUCAUUUGCAGAGCAUUACCCUCCAUUACUGUUUAGGGGUUGAAAAAAUGUUUAGUUGAAUAAAUAAUUAAAUAGUGGCAAUUAUUUCUUUUCCCUUAUGGGAACUGAAUCUAGCAAGGACCCUUUAAAAUCUCCGAAUUGUCACUCCAAACCAUUGAAUGGCUUUUCAGCUGAAUGAAUUAGUAACAUACAAGUGGUUAUUUUCAUGGUUUUGCUGUUGAUCUUCUAUUAGAUCUUGGAAUUUUCUUUUGUUUGCUUCUAUGUUGGACUAACUGUAAUGAAAAGAGUCAGUGCUUUGAAAGGGGGCCCCCAGUUGGUUCCAGUAUGUCACUUUAAUAGACUUUAAACAUUAAAAAGUCUAAACAAAGAAAAAUGACACUAGAAUGUAUAACUCCAUGUAUGCCAUAUGCUAUAUUUAAAUCUUUAAUUUCUUGUGGUGAAAUGUAGCUUUACUAUUAAAAUGACCUUUUCUUUGGAACUUUUUUUUGACUUGUACCUUAAAGCUUUUGAAAAGAUUAUUAAUUCUGAGAUUUACAAACAGAAGAUAUAAAGAAGUCUUAAAGCUGGUACUGUUUAAGAAUGUAUUAGUCUCAGAAACUAUGUAUAUGUGAUAUAAUCUAAAUAAAAUACAUACCUCUUAGAA